UUGUGUGGGAUUUUCCACUCUCCCCACAGAGCACCUCCCUUUAUUAUAAUGAGCCAUUACAUCAGGAAAUGCUGUAGUAUUUAUACACAAUGAGAGGUGCACAGGUGGAACAAGCAGAAGAAUUGAGUCAGAAAAUGGGAAGCAUUUCCAAUAUUCUCAAGUUGGCAACCCUGAAAGACAAUCUAUGUGCAGCAUUCCAGCAGCCCAGAGACCACCAAUCCGACUGUGGAAAGAAGCAACAAUGUACCCCUCAUUGUCAAUUGUUUUUCAACCCAUUCACUAAGGGUUCAGCGAUACAGCUGGAUUCAUCCAAUUGUUCCGCACUCAGAAAAUUCAGCUUCUGCAAUGGCAUCAUCUUCACCAACCGGCCAGUCGCCAUGCAGGAGGAAGUCAGAUUUAGGAUCACAAAAACCAAUGACUUGUUGUUUGGAGGUUUGCGACUGGGCUGCACCAUCUUUGACCCCUCACUCAUAGACCCCAAGGCACUUCCAAAGUUUGUGUGCCCCAAUCUGGCAGAAAAACCUGGAUUUUGGGGCUUUGGGAUACACCAGGAGGAUGUGAAAGAGGGGACCAUCAUCUCAUUGUGGGUGAACAAGAAAGGACAGUUAUGGUACAGAGUGAACAAAAAAAAGGGAUUUGUCCUGACAGAAGGGUUGCCAAGCAAGUGGCCCCUGUGGGUUAUGUUGGACGUGUACGGAUCAACAUGCGAAGUCCAGCUACUGGUUAAGGAUAUGUCUCAGAAUCCUCCUCUGCGAUCUCCAUCCCUCAUGGUGAAAGAAGACAGUGACAAUAUGCCAGGUGCUCACACGUCAGCCACUUUGUUGCCACAAUUCAAAGCAGCAUUUCAGCAGCCCAGAGACCACCGAUCUGACUGUGGAGAGAAGCAACAAUGUACCCCUCAUUGUCAAUUGUUUUUCAACCCAUCCACUAAGGGUUCAGCGAUACAGCUGGAUUCAUCCAAUUGUUCCGCACGCAGAAAGUUCAGCUUCUGCAAUGGCAUCAUCUUCACGAACCGGCCAGUCGGCAUGCAGGAGGAAGUCAGAUUUAGGAUUACAAAAAACAAUGUCUUGCUAUGUGGAGGUUUGCGACUGGGCUGCACCAUCUUUGACCCCUCACUCAUAGACCCCAAGGCACUUCCAAAGUUUGUGUGCCCCAAUCUGGCAGAAAAACCUGGAUUUUGGGGCUUUGGGAUACACCAGGAGGAUGUGAAAGAGGGGACCAUCAUCUCAUUGUGGGUGAACAAGAAAGGACAGUUUUGGUACAGAGUGAAUAAAAAGGAGCAAUAUCUGCUGACAAAAGGGUUGCCAAACAAGUGGCCCCUGUGGUUUAUGUUGGACUUGUACGGAUCAACAUGCGAAGUCCAGCUACUGGAGAACGAGUCCAGUUCCUUUGCUGAUACAAUGCCAUCGGGCACCCGAGCCCAGUGCUUUGGGACACCAGAUGCAGAAUGUAUUAUAUGCUUCACUCGUCAAGUGGAUACUUUCUUUUACGGAUGUGGACACCUCUGUACAUGCUACAUUUGUGCUCAGGAGUGCCUCAGCAGGAAUAUGAACUGCCCAAUGUGCAGGAAGCCGAUUAAGGAGAUUAUCAAGACAUUUUGCAGCUCUCUGGAUCAGCAGUAA